GUGUUAAUUCCGGUUACUAAAACAUUCAAUUACUAAAUUGUUAUUUAUGAUACGUGAUGAAAAUUAUAACAUCACGCUGAUCACUGCAUCAAUGCGUUCCUUUUAUUCUUUCCUGUAUUCUCACGCUCGUUUAUGCUAUCCUUGAAUGUGUUCUACCUCGGAUAACAGUGUAGUUAGUUCUUGAAUAGCUAAAGGGAACAGACCCACGUACCGCUCGUAGAAUUGUUCAUCCGCGAAUAUGUUACGAGGAACGAGCAGGUUAUUACCGUCAAUCACCCAGACUUAUGGGUACAAAAUAACCAAUAGAUACUUGAAUUUUGUGCCGGUUGUAGUGGAACAAAGUGGACGUGGUGAACGGGCAUAUGACAUUUACUCCCGUUUGUUGAAGGAACGAAUUAUUUGCCUUAUGGGCCCGAUCACUGAUAACGUAUCCUCUGUGGUAAUUGCACAACUUCUCUUUCUUCAGUCGGAGAGUAGUAAAAAUCCAAUUCAUAUGUACAUUAACUCGCCUGGUGGGAGUGUGACAGCGGGACUUGGAAUUUAUGAUACUAUGCAAUAUGUCCUCCCACCUGUAGCCACAUGGUGUGUAGGUCAAGCUUGUUCCAUGGCUAGUCUGCUCUUGGCAUCUGGAACCAAAGGUAUGCGCCAUUCCUUACCAAACGCUAGAAUUAUGACACAUCAACCAUCAGGAGGGGUGCAAGGACAAGCCACAGAUAUUCAAAUCCAAGCAAUGGAAAUUCUCAAGUUGAAGAAACAGAUCAAUGAAUUAUACGUCAAACAUACUGGACAAGAAUUAGAAAAAAUAGAAAGUAGCAUGGAAAGAGAUAACUUUAUGAGUCCGACACAAGCCAAGGAAUUCGGAUUAAUAGACAAAGUGUUAGCGCAUCCUAUGCAGGAGGAAACAGCAGAAGCAGAGUUGGAAAAAACAAAGAACGUGCCAACUCAGCUUUGAUGUUGCUAAAUAUGAUAAAAUGUGGUAUAUACAGUUCUCAUUUCUUUGCGAGGUGUACAAAAAGAAAGAAAAGUUGUAUUUAUCAAUAUUUAAUAAUAAUAAUAAUAAUAAUAAAAUAUUUAUAAAACAAUUAUAAACUAUGUCCUAUUCAACUGUGUGUGUGCGCGCACUUGGGAGUAAUAUAUCUACCCUUCUUUCAAAUUGGUGUAUGUAUAAAAUACACUAACUUGUAACAGCAGUAUAAAUGAAUAUCGGUAUAAUAUGAUCGUUUAAUCUCUCAUCGCGUUAUAUCUUCAGAACUAGAGGCAAGCACAGUAUAUUGCUAGUGGCAAAUGGAUAACACUUGCAGCAUAUG